CCAGACACAUCCAUUGAUUUCGGACAGAGGACACCCGGGCUGACGGAGGCCAGAUACGGGAUGAUGGGGCAGGAUGGUGUUGUGCCUCAAGCAUGCAUAUCCUACCCCUCGGAGCACCUGCAGUGUAUUUAGUUUGAACGUCCUCCAUCAGAACCCUUACUUGUCCUCUGCGCUCUCCAUUCACCGUAACAGAACCUCACUGACCAGCAAUAAUCAGAAGCUUCAUGGCUCAAUCAUCCGAAGCGGUGCGAUACUCCCAGGGCAAUAAGAACAUUGGCGCAGCCCGCGACUUCCCGUGGGAGCACGCCGUCCCGCAGAACCGAUUCUGGGAUGACCUCCCGUUCACCGUCGGCCGCAACUUUCUGAGCCUGUUCGGCGCGGAUGAGCAGCCGCCGCCGUCCUUCGACGAUGCCCAGAGCGGCGCGCUGAGCAAGACCGAGAAGCUGCAACUGCUCCUUAAGAUCCUCCGCGAGCGGCUGGCCACCAAGGAGGCAGACGCGGCGCCGCAAACCUUCUACGACGUGGACUACGAAGCCUGGAAUAAAACAUGGCUCGCCAUCGCGGGUAUCCAGCACGAGCUUGGGGACGCAGCCGAGGAAGAGACGCUGCGCAUGCUGAUCGAGCGGAGGAAGGACCCGUCCAAUCUCUCGCACCUCCACAGCCUGUGCGGCGUGCUCCUAAACCAGGGCCGCUAUCGCGAGGCCGAGACCUCCGAGGUGGCGGUAAGGGAGUGGUUGGACGGCAAGCUGGGCAGGGAGUCGCCUCAGGCGCUGGCCGCGAGGCGCAUGAUUGCGCAGGCUGUCUGGAUGCAGGGGCGGCGCGCAGAGGCCGAGCAGCUGAUGGAAGAGGUCGGCCGGAUCAUCGAGCGCACUGCGGACGACAGUCCCUACGCCGUGUAUCGGGACCAACAGCGCGAGAUGACGGACGAGCUGUGGGAGAAACUGAGAAAGGAGGAUGACGGGUAAAAGAAAAGACGCUUUGAGGACGACAUUGCAUCCAUGGAUGAAACACCGAACGGAAUACCGUCCCUCGGAGGCUUGGGCAGCCCAGAAUACCGCUGGAGUCAGGGCGCAUAGUCCCUUGCAACUUGCAGGACUAUCUUCUCCGAGCUUGCGCAUGUAUCGGUGGCGGUUUGGCCAGAGAAACAGAAAAAGCCGGAUCUUGGACCUUCCAGCUGCACAUGAAUGCAUGAGCCCGCACUGGCAGCUUCCCAGAGAUUGUCUUUUGCCAAUGCCAGCUGAUAAUUUAAGAGACUGGUAGUGUAAGAACGGAGUAACCUCAAUGAGAUGGCACCCUAUUUCCAUACUCAGCACCCUGC